UGGUGGUUUAUUUUAUUAAAAACACAUCACUCGCAGAACCAGCGGCAGCGAUCGCUUCCUUUCACACGGAAUGAGCUACGACCACAGCCUCAUCAACGGCGGCUACGGACCUGUCCAUGAAGGCGGUGGCCUCGUAGAGACGGUGGACGAUGAAUUUGAUGGAUACGACGACAAUGAUACCGUAAGUUCCUCCGCGAUCAUCCUGCUUCCCCAGACGCAGGCGGCGACCACUACUACGGCGUCGACACAGCACUCGUCGUGGAACUAUGUCGCCGAGCCGCAGCUGUUCCGCGGGUUGAGUAACCAAGGGGCGACGUGCUACAUGAACUCCCUGCUUCAGUCGUUGUACAUGACACCUGAAUUCCGCCAUCGACUGUACCAAUCCGAGACCGCUCGCGACCACGGCGACACGGCGGACUUGGAGACGAACAUCCCAUUCCAGCUCCAAAAGCUGUUUGCCCACCUCCAGCUGAACAAGGACCGCAAGGCCAUCGACACGAAGGCAUUGACGAAGAGCUUUGGGUGGAAUUCCUCGGAUGUGUUCCAGCAACACGACGUCCAAGAGCUGUGCCGCGUGCUAUUUGACGCGCUGGAAGAAUCGCUCAAGGGCACCCCCACGGAGCACUUGGUGAACGAUCUGUACCAAGGUCAAUUGAAGGACUACGUGCAAUGCGCAAACUGCGGCAACGAAAGCAGUCGCGUCGACAACUUUCUCGACUUGAGUCUGGUGAUUCGGCCAUUUGGGUCGUCGACGGAGAUGAUGAAGAGCGUCGAAGAAGCGAUCGAGUACUUUUUGAAGCCGGAGAUGCUGUCGGGGGAGAACCAGUGGGACUGCGCGCGCUGUGGGACCAAGCAAGACGCGAUCAAAGGGCUCAAGUUCUCCAAGCUCCCGUACAUGCUAGCCCUACAGCUCAAGCGUUUCGACUUUGAUUACACGACGUUCAACCGGAUCAAGCUCAACAACCAAGUGCGCUUCCCCAAGUACCUCAACAUGAACACAUAUGUGCACGACACCACACAGACAUCAACAACCACGACGACAUCGGGCGGCGGCGCCGUCGCGCGAAAGAUGUCCCUCGAACGCCAAGAGCUCAACGACAAGCACGACGACAUGUCUCCAAGAUCUGUCGGCGGCGAUUCGGCCUCCUCUUCCUCGUUGUCGCCCCCAACAACAUCCCCCCCCCUGGACGACGACGACGACGACACGUGGCAUGCCGCGUACAACGUGGACGCGGUGCUCGAAGCCAGCGGGCCGUACGUGUACGAGCUGUUUUCGGUGCUGAUCCACUCGGGCAGUGCGAUGGGGGGCCACUACUACGCGUACAUCAAGUCGUUUGAGGAUGGCCAGUGGUACAACUUUAACGACUCAACAGUGACCAAGAUCACGGACGCCGAGGUGCAGACGGCGUGGGGGCCGACGUCGCACCAGGCGUCGACGUACGGGGGGUACCGGUCGUCGGGCAGCACAUGCGCGUACAUGUUGAUGUAUCGGCUCGUGGAUCGGUCGCGCAACGAGGCGGCGAUUGCAGACUCGCAAGUGCCGUCGUUUUUGAAGGACUUGAUCGUGUCGGACGAGUCGAAGCGGCUGGAGAAGGAAAAGGAGCGCGAAGAAAAGGCGCGGCUGAUCCAGCUCAAAGUGUUUGCGGACGAUGCGACAACGUUCAAGACGAUGCACAUCUCGAAACUGACGCCGCUGUCGGCUGUGACAGAGAAGGCUUGCGUUCUGUUUGACCACAUCACAUAUGACCCCGCCCUGGUCCGGCUGCGUAGCUACAGCGAGUACACCAAGAUGCCACAGGACACAUACACGGGUCGAGAGCAUUGUAGUCUUAUGCAGCUGCAGCUGUACGCGCACAGCAGCCUCUUCCUCGAAGUCCGAUCGUCCAUUGAUCAGCCGUGGGUCGAGUACGAUGGCACGGCGCUCCAGCUCGUGGUGCGCAAGUAUGAGCCGCUGCCGAGUCCCCAUUUCACGAACCCGCCGUUCAACCUGCAGAUCUCAGACCGCGCGACGGUGGAAGACCUCGUGGACGUGCUGAGCGCCAAGUUUGAGCUGCCGCGGGCACAGUGUCGGGUACUACACAUGAGUGCGAACGGGUACUGGAGCAUCCAGACGAGUAUCCUCAACCCUGCGGAUGAACCAGAGUACAUGCAGCGGUCGCUUCAAAUGGACAUUCGUCUGCGACACGGUAGCGAAGUGUACGUGGAGGCGUGUCCGAGCUUGGACACGUGGAGCGACGCCAAGGAUUUGUUUGAGACCCAGGCGCAUAUGAUUACGAUCCAGGUCAAGUGCAAGGACAAGGCCAUGGCGAGUCGGGUGGUGCAAAGUGGUGAUGGCGGGGGGACCGCCGAGGAUGGCGGCGGCGUGACGUGGCGGUUUGUGGUGGACCGCCGCGACGCCCUCCAAGUGCUAAAGGACAAACUGGUGGCGUUUCUAGACAUGCCUCCUGAUACGUUCAAGCUGUGCCGCGGGUCGUCGGACAAGGCGCAGGAACUCAAGGCGCUCGAUGUUUCGUUCAAGAACUUGACGCUCAUGGACAACUCGACGCUGUUUGUCGCGCCCGGGCGGCCGCUGCACGUGAACGAGUUUCACGUGCAGAUUCAAUGGUAUCAGCCCAAGGCGCAAAAGGAAGAAGAAGGAGAUGACGUGGCGCGCCGGUUGUUUCUGGACGACUUGGCCAAGGCGGGCGACAUGUCGUGGCUCAUGACGUUGAUUGUGUCGGGGGAGAUGCUCGUGGACGACGUGCGCGCGUCGGUGGCGGCGGCGUUGGCGAGCCGCGGCAUCGACGCGCCCGCCAUCCGCCUUCGCGACUACGCCAACAAGCGCAUGAACACGGUGCUCAUGGACGGACUCAAGCUGCAGCAAGCGUCCCAGCUCACUUUGUACGAGAACCGCGAGUUCGUGGCCCAGAUCCUCCACGAACCAGAGCACCUGCCCCGCGACCACAUGCUGUACAACAUAUCUGUGUUUGAUCGCGCGACCUUGACCUUUGGGCCGAGCCAUGAGAUUGUGUUUGGGUACCGCCAUGACAUCACGGAGCGGCACUGGAUCGACGUGCUCGCGGCGGCCACGGCGGCGGCCACGGGACUCCCGGAAGCCACGAUGCAGUUUGCCAAACCGUUCCAGACCCAGGAAGUAAGUGUCCUGGAUGUGGAGGACUUCACAUGGACGGACAAGGACAACGCCCGCCGCCACGCCAACCCGCACACGCUCGGACUGUACGGCGACCGCCUCCUCGUGUCGGAUCGCGCGAUUCCGCUCAAGGAACUGACGGCCGACGAGCGCGCCGAGCUGUCGGCGGUCCUUGAUAAGGCAACGUCGACCAACGUCGAGACGCUGUACCACUCAAACCAGCCGACGUAUGGCCCGCCCGCCAUGCCCGGGUACGCGUCUUCUUACAAGUAUGCCAAGCCCAAGGAAGCGGCGCUUGUGAUUCGGACGAAACCCCCCCCGUCCAAGAAUGCUGCUACGACCAGUGUCGGAAAUGGAGGGAGGGACAGCGGCGGCGGCGUGCCCGUGUCGCCGGGAGUGCACACGGACGAUGAUGACGAUGACGACGACGACGCCGACUCGAAGGAGUUUGAGCGAGCUGGAGGCGCGGUGCUGUUUGACGAUCUGCAUUAAGCAAAGACUACACCAUAUGUAAAGUGUGUCCUCGUGAGAAGAUCAUGGACGGUCAGGUCGUCGGUGGUUCACACAACACUACAUAGGAAGAGAACGACUCGAUUACGCGGAUGAAACAACAUCAUUCGGUUUGUUGGCUCGUUAAAGCAUGUUUAAUGGGCGAGG